CAAUUCAGGUGUUGCGAUGUUUCAGUGUUGCGCCGGGUCUUCUUCCGAAUGCUUCGUGUCUGGAGACCUUCCGGCCAAGAGUUGGCUGCGGUGAGUGCGGAAGCGUUCCAAGAUGCAGCCGACCUGAAGUGGUAUCUGUGUAAGCAGUAUGGGUUUCCUGUGUUCAUGCAGCAACUUGUGCAUGACACUGGUCCUUUAGCGGACGGCGCGAAGCUGGAUGCCUCAAUGGAUUUGCAGUUGGUGCUGCUUACCCUUUCCGGUCCAGAUCAAACAGGCAAUGCUGCAUCUAUAGCUCGGGUAUACUUGGCACGUGCUGCCCAAGUGAACCACAUUGAUAUGGUCCGAUGCUUGUUGGAAGCUGGUGCUGACAAAGAUCGUCCAGACCAUGAAGGCUUUACACCCCUAAUGCUCGCAUCUGCACAUGGUCACUUACGGAUUGCCCGCAUGUUGCUUGAAGCUGGCGCUGCCAAAGACUGUUGUAACCAUGCGGGCCUGACAGCCUUGAUGCUUGCAUCAAAACAUGGUCAUGCGGAGAUUGCACGUGUGCUGCAGGAAGUUGGUGCCGACAAAAAUCGCCGGGACAAUGCAGGCAUGACAGCAUUAAUGUUCGCAGCUGCAAGCGGCCACUUUGAGGUUGCAAGCUUACUGUUGGAAUUUGGGGCUGAAAAGGAUUGCUGGUGCCUAGCCGGCAAGACCGCCCUAAUCCUCGCAUCUCGUCAUGGUCACGCGGAAAUUGCACGUUUGUUGCUGGAGUCUGGUGCACAUACGGAUUGCUGGGACCAAAACGGCAUGACGGCCCUGAUGCUCGCUUGUCGGUUUGGUCACCUGCAGGUUGCGCGCUUGCUGCUGGAGUUUGGUGCUGAGAAAAUGUGCUGGGACCAGAGCGGGUUGACGGCU